AGCAUUGAUAGUCACACUGCAGGAUUUGCAGUUCUGGGUGGGCUUUCAUUGCUGAGAAGUGGUGUUCACAGAAACAUUGUGAAAAAUGCUUCGGUUGCAGUCAGCCCCGGUGUAUAUUCUGAUUGUUACACUCACUUGCAACUUACUCUACAGAUGCCUGGCAGCUGAUGUGGUUUCAUAUGAGGAACUGAGGAAGAUGGUCGCAAAUGGUAAUAUCCGGCUUUACGAUGUUCGGGAGCCAGAGGAGGUUAUGCUGGGGAAGAUUCCCACAUCUAUCAACAUUCCCUUGAACCAGCUCAAAACUUCUCUGUUGAUGGACGAUGAGAUAUUUAAGAAGAAGUACAAGUCAAAUAAGCCACAGAAAUGGGAUACUAAAAUUGUAUUCUACUGUCGAUCGGGCAAAAGAAGUGCCACUGCUUUAAAAACAGCUAAGAUACUCGACUAUUUACAUGCUCGUCAUUAUGAAGGAGGCUACAUGGAAUGGGAAGAUUGUGAAUCUGCAAGAUCUCACUGAGCUAUCAUUUUAAAUUAGCAGAGUGAAACAUCUACAGAGAACUGAGCGGAUUCUGGUGCUAUUAGAUAAUUCAGUUUGAAUGAAAAUAUAGUCGUUUUGUAGAAACAAAAUAUUGUAGUAACAGUGUUUCUUGUACUUCAAUUUCAAUAAACUGCAGAUUUUA